AUGGCACCCAACUUUAUGAAGGUGAAGGUGUUUGGGAGUCGCCGGUCUUUCCAGCCGCCGGUGCCUCUCAGCACUGAUCCGGAUUACCAGGGCGAUAUAGAAUCUGGCAGUUUCCUGAAUGAAACCCAGAGCUCCACGGGGCCCGGUCGUGAAGUCAAUAGGCAUCGCCAGGGUGAUAACCCGUACUUGGAUGAGUACAGAGCCCUUGUGAGGUACAUUGACACCUACCGGGACCCUCGCGCGGACUUGGAGGUGAAUGAGGAAGAAGGGGCGGUAAGUGGGAAGAAGCCCCGGUGGGCAUUCUGGCGGAGCCGCAAAGGUGGCUCGUCGAGUUCACUUAGUGAUUUCGUCACCCCGGACGACUGGUUAUCUACACACAUUGGCACCGGUCUCGAUGAUUUGGAGACGGAGCGGAGAAGAAAGUACUCCGGCUGGAACGAACUUACCAGUGAGAAGGAGAACAUGCUGCUCAAGUUCAUCGGCUUCUUCAGGGGUCCAAUUCUCUACGGCAAGUCUCGAUCCCGGAAACACCGGUCGGCUGUUAUGGAGGCGGCUGCCAUACUUGCCUUUGGACUUAGGGAUUUCUUAGAUGCCGGCAUUAUCUGUGGCAUUCUCUUACUCAACGCUGUUGUGGGCUGGUACCAAGAGAAACAGGCAGCGGAUGUUGUUGCCAAACUUAAAGGAGACAUCGCCAUGAAAGCCCGCGUCGUUCGAAAUGGUACGGAAAAGGAAAUCAAAGCCCGUGAGCUUGUGCCGGGCGAUAUUAUCGUGGUUGAAGAAGGAACUGUUGUCCCCGCUGAUGCCAGACUUAUCUGUGACUAUAACAACACCGAGGGCUUCUCUCAGUACAACGCCGAGCUCAAUGCUCAAGACGUUGCUUCCCCCCGCCACGAGAAAUUCCAGGAGAGCGACGAAGACGAGGAAGGAGUGCCCCAUAUCGGCCAUCCCAUCCUUGCCAUCGACCAGUCGGCCAUGACUGGCGAGUCUCUUGCCGUGGACAAGUACAUGACCGACACCCUCUUUUACACGACUGGCUGCAAGCGUGGCAAGGCGUAUGCUGUCGUCACCCACGGGGCUCAGGCCUCCUUUGUCGGCAAGACAGCUUCUCUCGUCCAGGGCGCCAAGGAUUCGGGCCACUUCAAGGCCAUAAUGGACAAUAUCGGCAGCACGCUCCUGGUUCUCGUCGUCAUCUUCAUCUUGAUCUCCUGGAUUGGCAGCUUCUACCGCCAUCUCCAUAUCGUUCUACCCGAGGACAGCUCCAUCAACUUGCUCCAUUACGCUCUUAUCCUACUCAUCAUUGGGGUCCCCGUCGGUCUCCCAGUUGUGACUACGACCACUCUUGCCGUCGGCGCUGCUUAUCUCGCCAAGGAGAAAGCCAUUGUCCAGAAACUGACCGCCAUUGAGUCGCUUGCCGGUGUCGACAUCCUCUGCUCAGACAAGACCGGAACCCUUACAGCCAACCAGCUGUCCAUCCGCGAGCCCUUUCUUAUGGAAGGCGUCGACAUCAACUGGAUGAUGGCUGUUGCUGCCCUUGCAUCUUCCCAUAACAUCAAGGCGCUUGAUCCCAUUGACAAGAUCACCGUCCUGACCCUGAAGAGGUACCCCAAGGCUAAGGAGAUGAUCAGCUCAGGCUGGAAGACCGAGAGCUUCGCCCCAUUCGACCCCGUCAGUAAGCGUAUCACCGCCGUCUGCACUUACAAGGGUGUCCGCUACACCUGCUGCAAGGGAGCUCCCAAGGCUGUUCUGAGUAUCAGCGAGUGCACCGAGGAGCAGGCCACCCUAUUCAAGGCCAAGGCGACCGAGUUUGCCCGCCGCGGUUUCCGGUCCCUCGCUGUUGCUGUCAAGGAGGGAGAUGGCCCCUGGCAGCUGCUUGGGAUGCUUAGCCUAUUCGACCCUCCCAGGUCUGAUACCGCCCAGACCAUAGCUGAGGCGCAGGCCCUCGGCCUCUCCAUCAAGAUGCUCACAGGUGAUGCCAUUGCCAUCGCAAAAGAGACUUGCCGCAUGCUUGCCCUCGGAACCAAGGUGUAUAACUCGGAUAAGCUAUUGCACAGCGACAUGGCUGGCAGCGCUAUCCACGACCUUUGCGAGCGGGCUGACGGGUUCGCUGAGGUUUUCCCAGAGCACAAAUACCAAGUAGUCGAGAUGCUGCAGCAGCGCGGCCACCUCACAGCGAUGACGGGUGAUGGCGUCAACGAUGCGCCGUCUCUGAAGAAGUCAGAUUGCGGCAUCGCUGUCGAGGGCAGCACCGAGGCCGCCCAGGCUGCCGCCGACAUUGUCUUCCUGGCCCCAGGCCUCAGCACCAUCGUCUCAGCCAUCAAGAUCUCUCGCCAGAUCUUCCAGCGCAUGAAGUCGUACAUCCAGUACCGCAUUGCCCUCUGCCUGCACCUGGAACUAUACCUGGUCACGUCAAUGAUCAUCCUCAACGAGACGGUCCGCGCCGACCUCAUCGUCUUCCUCGCCCUAUUUGCCGACCUGGCUACUAUCGCCGUCGCCUACGACAACGCGCACUUCGAGAAGAGGCCCGUCGAGUGGCAGCUGCCCAAGAUCUGGAUCAUCAGCAUCGUCCUCGGGACGCUUCUCGCGGCAGGGACGUGGGUGCUGCGCGGCACGCUGCUCCUCGAGAGCGGGGGCGUGAUUCAGAAGCACGGCGGCAUCCAGGAGAUCCUGUUCCUCGAGAUCUCGCUGACGGAGAACUGGCUCAUCUUCGUGACGCGCGGCUUCGAGACGCUGCCCAACUGGCAGCUGGUGGCGGCGAUCGGCGGCGUCGACGUGCUGGCGACGCUGUUCGCCGUCUUCGGCUGGUUCUCGGGUGGGCGCGGCGACCCCAGCAACGGGCCCAGCCCGGCCGGCGACCUGCUGUCGGCUGACGGCUCCGUCGACAUCGUCACCGCCGUCGUCAUCUGGGCCUUCUCCAUCGCGGUCACCAUCGUCGCCGGCGUCGUCUACCACGUCAUGGCGCGCAUGCGCUGCCUCGAUGACCUGGGCCGCAAGAAGCGCAGCGCCUCGGACACUCUGGUCGAGAACGUGCUGGCGCACCUCAGCAGGGUCGCCGUCGAGCAUGAGAGGGACGACCGCGGGAGCAGGUUCUACCUGGCCCAGAAGCAGGUCAUCGAGGAGGAGGAGUAG